AAAUCCAAGGAGCAGCAGAUAAUAAUGGAGCAGGUCGACCGCGAACAAGUGACGAAGGCCGUCGUGGCGCUGCAGCAGGUGCUGCAGAAGAAGCGGGCGUCGGCCGCCAAGCAGGCGCUCGUUGAGGAUGCCAACGUCUUCAGCCUCAUCGUGACGCGCAACUCGGUGCCGCCCAAGGCGUCGCUCAAGCCCAUUCUGAUCGACCUCCCGCACUCGAUCCGCGCCGAUGGCGAGGCCUGCCUCUUCGUCAAGGACGCCGACAAGAAGCGCAUCAAGGAGGCUCUGGAGGCGGACCCGGUCGAAGGCCUCACCAAGGUCAUGGGCAUCAAGAAGCUCAAGAAGCACUUUCACCAGUUCAAGGACCGCCGCGAGCUCAAGGUGUCGUUCGCGACCUUCCUCGCCGACGACCGCGUGCUCCCGUACCUCAAGACGCUCCUUGGCAAGACGUUUUUUGACGCCAAGAAGCAGCCGCGCACGGUGGAUGUCUCGGCCAACAACGUGAGCGACCCGAUUCGCCGCGUGCUCGCGGGGACCGCCAUGUUUGUCUCGACGGGCCCGUGCUUCAACGUCAAGAUCGCGCACGACGGCCUCGAGCUGAGCCAGAUUGUCGACAACAUCAUGGACGGCACGGAGACCAUCGUGAGCUACGUCCCGAAGAAGUGGAAGAACAUCAAGUCGAUCAGCAUCAAGACGAACGACUCGAUGGCGCUCCCGAUCUACAACGCGCUGCCCAACUCGGCCAAGCUCCCGACCGAAAUCAACAUCAAGCGCAAGAGCGACGACAUCUCGACGGAAGCCCCGGCCACCAAGAAGGCCAAGCAAGCCGAGGAAGAAACCAAGGCCGCCGAAACCCCCAAGAAGGAAGAAGCUACCAAGGCGACCCCGACAAAGGAAGCUGCCAAGAAGGCCACGCCCACGAAGGAAGCUGCCAAGAAGGCGACCCCGACGAAGGAAGCCGCCAAGAAGGCCACGCCCACGAAGGAAGCUGCCAAGAAGGCGACCCCGACGAAGGAGGCUGCUAAGGAAGCCGCUCCCGCCAAGGAGGCUGCUAAGGAAGCUGCCCCUGCGAAGAAGGCCGCUCCCGCCAAGAAGGCCGCUCCCGCCAAGAAGGCCGCUCCCGCCAAAAAGGCCGCCCCUGCCAAGAAGGAGGCUCCCGCCAAGAAGGAGGCUCCCGCCAAGCAGGAGGUCGCUAAGGAAGCUGCCCCUGCGAAGAAGGCGGCCCCUGCCAAGAAGGCGGCCCCUGCCAAGGAGGAGGUUGCCAAGGUGGACGCUGCGCCUGCCAAGAAGGAAGCUGCGCCUGCCAAGAAGGCGGCCGCGGCCAAGAAGGUUGUCCCGGUGAAGAAGGCUGCGCCCAAGAAGGUCGCGGCUGCUGCGCCGGCCAAGAAGACGACUCGUGCCAGCGCCAAGAAGUAGUGGUCCGAGUGCACAAUUAGAG